AUGGCUCGUUCAAGACAAACUCGUCGUGCUGGACCUACUCAGCAAUCUCGCAGCGCUCAUUCCAUGCCUGCAAGACAAGCUCCUCCUCCUAGACAACAACAGCAACAACAGCAACAUGCUCCUGUGCAGCAUCAAGCUCCUCCUCCACCUGCCGUAGCACAACCUCGUCAGCCUGGCAUGUUUGCUCAAAUGGCUAGCACAGCGGCUGGCGUAGCUGUUGGCAGCACAAUAGGUCACGGCCUUAGUAAUGCCGCUUCAUCCAUGUUUGGCGGUAGUAGCGACUCUCAACCUCAAGAACAGCCUCAGCAAGAAUACCAACAACCAUAUCAGCAAUCUAUGGCUGCUCAAAAUCAAAAUGGAGCAUCGUGUGAAGCUGAUGCAAAAGCAUUUACCCAAUGUCUUGAAGCAACGAAUAAUGACAUGUCUGCCUGCAAGUGGUACCUCGACGCAUUAAAGCAAUGCCAACAAAUGGCAUCUCAAUAUUAG